AAAUGUAAUACCAACAUACCAUAUUCUAGUGGAAAAUAUAACAAGAUUAGAGAUUGAAAACAGGAGAAGAAGUAUGAAAACAGUAGAUCUCCUGCUAAAACAGGAGAUCUGGUAACACUGAUAGCAUGGAAAUAAAAAACAUAUUUUAGAAACUUUCUAGAUUUCUAGAAAUUUAAGGCUGACGUCAUUGACAUUUGACAUUGACAAGUUUAAAGUUUAUUGGCGAAGCGAAGCGAAGUCACCGGAGAAGUGAUUGAGAAAAAUUCCAGAAUAUUGUAGUUUGCCCCAUUUUUACAACAAAUAUUUGUUUAUUGAUUACAACACAGUGAAAGAUGUCUCAGUGGAAUAAGGAGCAAUAUCCUCCACCUCCUGGCGGACAAGGAUACUAUGGCGGUCAACCGGGAUAUGGUCAACCAGGCUACCCUCCUCCACAAGCCGGCUACCCCCCACAGGGCGGUUACCCACCGCAAGGCGGCUAUCCACCACAAGGCGGCGGCUACCCUACGGCUCCACAGCCGGGCUACCCUCCAGCGGGACCUCAACCUGGAUUUCAGCCACCUCCUCCGCAGUACGGAGCAGAUUACGCAGCAGGUGAUGAACAUGUACCCUUCUCUAGUAACGCCACUGAUAACUAUGGAACUGGUUACAAUGGUGGUGAAGAUCCCGAGGUGAAAGGAUUCGACUUCAACGACGCUUCGAUUCGAAGAGGAUUCAUACGAAAAGUUUAUUCGAUACUCUCAGUACAGCUGUUAAUAACCUUGGCCUUCAUCUGUUGGUUCGUCUAUCACGCGCCGACUAGAAAAUACGUCCAAACUCACCACGCUUUGUUCUACAUUUCUUUAGUGAUGGUUAUAGUGGCUUUGAUCGCUUUGGCUUGCUGCGGAGAGCUGCGCAGGAAAGCCCCCGCCAACUACAUCUUCCUGCUGAUAUUCACUCUGGCUGAGAGCUUUUGUCUAGCCUGCGCCUCCUCCACCUACAAAGCCGACGCAGUAGCCAUAGCAGUGGGCAUAACGGCUGCUGUAUGUCUGGGCCUGACACUCUUUGCCUUUCAGACCAGGUGGGAUUUUACCAUGAUGGGUGGCAUACUUUUUGUUGCCGUUUUGAUACUUUUCCUCUUCGGAAUCGUCGCUAUCUUCGUUCAUAAUAAGAUCGUUCAAUUGGUAUAUGCCUCUUUAGGCGCAUUGAUCUUCUCGGUGUAUCUGGUUUACGACACGCAGCUGAUGAUGGGAGGAAAACACAAAUAUUCCAUAUCUCCCGAAGAGUACAUUUUUGCCGCUAUUAACCUCUACGUAGACGUUAUCAACAUAUUUAUGUAUAUUUUGGCCAUAGUGGGACGCGCUCGAGAUUAAUCAAGUUUUUAUUUUUUUUUGUUUUAUUUUUAUUUGUUUGUUAACUUAAUUGUUAAUGAUAAAAGCGGUAAACUAAGAACCAGCGUUAGGCCUUUUGUUUAUAUAAUAACCAAAGAACUCUGGUGUGAGAAAUGUAUAUCGCGUCUCGAGAUAAGUCCUUUGUUGCACAUAAUUAACAAGAAAUACCAACUCAUUUAAAAAUCUUCCAGAUAACAUUUAAGGAUAUUUUUGAUUAUUUCAGUUAUUUGCUCGACAGCUGUCAAUAUCGUCAGGUGUCAAAAUUUGACGCCUACUACAAUUUGACGUAUGCCAAUAUUCACAGAAGUCAAAACCCCUCAGCCAUGAACAGUUAAUAGCUGUCAAAACAGUUCACAGUCUCGAUUUUUAUCAUAAUUUCUGUCACGAAAUUAAUUUUUAUCAACCAAAUUGAGAUUCUUUUGUUUAAAAUCUUAAAAAUUAAUGUUCCUAAUCAAAUGGAAUGGAACCGAUGAAGCAGAUCUAGUGCCCGCUAAACAGGCUAAUAUAAGGUGUCCACAGGUUGUCAUAAAAUUCUACGAAGAAAAGCUUAAAUGGCAUGCGCCCUCGCUAGAAGAUUCAAAAUGCGAGUAGAUGUAAUGUUUAGAUUAUAUUUUAGGUUUAAAUCAUCAAAUUGUGAGAAGUUUUAACUCUAACCACGAACAAUAAUUAGUUUAUACUUACUGAUUACUGGUUUUUAACAUUCUGUAAAAAUAAAAUAAAGAAGUGAAUAAGUUAAAAAAAUUCUCAUAAAGUGCUUUGGAUUAUAAUCUCAUUUCAAUAUUCUUCUACGAUUUUUUAAUAGCGUUACUUUUUAAUGCAAUGGCAUUUAAAUAAACGUUGAUCUUUUAUUUAAUUUAAUUGAUCUUUCAGUUUUUUUUUAUUCAAAAAAUGUAAAAGGUGGCCCGUUUUUAGACUGACACUUGUCUAACGUGGAUUAAUAUGUAAACAGUAUAUAGAAACGAUUAAAUAGUUUGUAAUAGCAUCAGUGUAGCUAUUCUAACAUCUACAGCCAGUUUAAUAACUAGCUGUUUACAUAGAAAGUCAAAAAGAGUGAAUUGUCCAGUAUAAAAACUUGACAGCUGUCAAAAGUUGACAAUUGACAGUACAAUCAUUAGGUGCGUUCGGACGACCAUAGCGGCUGACUGUCAGCAGAAAUCGGCUGAGUGGUUGUAUCCAGCCGUGAUAGGGAAAGCUAAGUAAAUCUCUCAGCGCCUAACUUCCAGCGGUGACGUCUGACAGCUACUGCUGGCUCAGCUGUCCAGCCGCUGUGGUCGUCCGAACGCACCCAUUGAUUUGCUAUUUUAAAAAAAGAUAUGCCAAAAAUAUAAGCUUUUCUUACACAAUUUUCAAAUAAAAACUAAUACAAUACAACGCCCUAUCUCCGAGAAAAAUCUAUCCUAUUAUUGUUCGUACACUCUAACUUUUCCCAUGCGUCACGAUUCAUUUUCAAACAAAUGAAGUCAAAACAUAAAGUGGAACGGUCGAUGUGUAUAUACAUUUUGUAUACUGUAUACUAUAUACUACACACAUCGGUGUACGUUUCACUUUGGUUUGAUUUAAUUUGUUUGAAAAUGAAUCGUAACGCAUGGGAAAAGUAGAGUGGACGAACAAUACCAUUAACUUCAAUUAGGCUUGUAUAUGCGUUAAAUACAGUUUUAUAUGAAAAAUACUUGAUUAGUUACAUCAAAUAUCGAUCUAAUUGGGCUUUUCAACGAUUGUCAUUUGUUUCGAGCUUCCGUCAUAUUAUGUUGUAUAAUCUGUGUAUAAUAUUAAUACAUAUACACGGAUUAUACGACAUAUGACAGAUGCUCGAAACAAAUGAGAAGCGUUGAAAAGCCCUUUAGAGUUACAAUCGAUUUAGGCCCGGUCUUUUCACCUCCGGAUAACUAGUUAUUCGGAGGGGAAAAGACCGUGCCUAAGUUGACUCUAAUUUUUUUUGACACAAUUGUAUUUAACUCAUAGACUUACCGAUGAGACAUCUAGAAGGCGUCACAAAAUAUUUUUAAAUGGAUUAUAUUUUCCAAAAUGGCACCUGUCCUCUAUUUUUAAUGGUUAUAUAUCACUGAAAUGUUAUAUGAGCAAUAACGAGAUGUUAGAGCAAUAAUACUUUAUUAAUUCAAAUUUAAAGUUUAGAACAUAGUUAAAUGGAGAGGGGGAUACUACUUAAGUCUCGAUCUUAAUAAUAUUAUUCAGUCUGUAUUUCAAUAUCAUGUGUCAAUUGUCUUGAAAAUUUAAGAUUAACCAAUGUUUAGCAGUUAUUGAUAAUUAAUAGGCCAAGUAUAUCUUUGUAACAAUAUUUUAAACUUCGAGUGGGCGCGCCCUAUAAUGCAACAUGAGUGGUCGCGUGUCGUAAAUUUUACGAUAUUUUGUGUAAAUGUUUUUUUUUAAUGUUGGGAAAUUUUGUGUUUCUGUCGUAAAAUUUACGACCGCACGCCCUCUCUAAGGUUAAACAUAAUUGUUUUGUAAAUUUCACUGUAGGAGGUGCUUAUAUCGUGGAACUGAUACCAAUCUGAUGUUGAAUCUUUUCUAUUCGUCCCUAACGCUGGCUAUACUCAAACUUCGCUUAUUUUUUACCCAUUUAUAUAUUUAUAUUAAGGAUAUAUUAUUGUUUUAUUUUUUAACAAUGUUUGAAUCUGCACUUAUGUAUAUGUAAAAUUGAACAAUAUACGAACUCGAUGGUUCACCUAAUCGA